CCCAAACUCCCGCCAUUGCCAUUACAGACGCACAUGAUAUGCUUCUCAGUCCACGCGGUCGCCUCGGCAGAAGCUGAAGUGGGAAGUUGACGUACAUGAUCGCGAUCUAGCUCCGGCGACCUCCUGCCGUCGAUCUCCGUUCCGGUGGACGUCUAACUCUGACUACUCGAUUCCAAGUUGGUGGAAAUCCUCAGUGUUACAAUCACUGCUCGACUGUCCUGCAUUGCCCAGCUGCAGUAUUCAAUUUGCUCCCUUUCUUCUGUUUUGGAUCUUUAUCUACCUGCAGGUUUAGUGGGCAGCACAACAGGUGGUGGCUUUGGGGACAAUACAAGAACCUUGAGAAACAUGCCUGCUGCUGCUCCUCGAUCUGGUGAUGCAAUCUUUGCGAGCGUUGAGCACGUGACUUGCAGUGCCUUACAGAAUGCUGAGCUCUUCACUUUAACUUACGGAGCGAUUGUGCGUCAAUUGCUGACAGACCUGGAGGAAGUUGACGAAGUGAACAAACAGCUCGAUCAAAUGGGUUACAAUAUUGGCAUCCGAUUGAUCGAUGAAUUUUUGGCAAAAGCCAAUGUCUCCAGAUGUGUUGAUUUCAAGGAGACAGCUGAAACAAUUGCAAAGGUUGGAUUUAAGAUGUUUUUAGGGGUCACGGCAUCCGUGACGAAUUGGGAUGCUGAUGGGACAUGUUGCAGUAUAGUUUUGGAGGACAAUCCCCUGGUCGACUUUGUGGAGCUGCCCGACACGUGCCAAGGUCUUUACUAUUGUAACGUCUUAAGUGGAGUCAUCAGAGGUGCCUUGGAGAUGGUGUCCAUGAAGACUGAAAUCACAUGGACCCGUGACGUCCUUCGAGGGGACGAUGCGUAUGAGCUGCAGGUGAAGCUUCUGAAGCUAGUCCCAGAAGAGUAUCCCUACAAAGAUGAUGAAUGAUCUCGGUCUCCAUGCUCUCUAUCCAUAUCCGAGAUCAAGAAUUAAUUGUUCAGUGUUUUUGUCUUCCGAAGAAUGUUGCGUAGCGUGUAAGCAUUGUUUCUUCAUGUUGACAGUUUCAAAUUGGAUAUUUGUUAUGUUUCAAGUUUCAACAACAUAAAUCGAAUCACGCACUGCAUUA